AUGUCGGACGCGGCCUCAAGCUCGACGUCCUUAGAAACGCCGGCUAGGGGACGGGGCAGAGGGAGGGGGCGAAGUAAUCGAGGUGGCCUCGGAAAGUACUUAAGAGCUAGAGGAAGGAGCCGCGGCUUUGGUCGUCCAGCAGAGUUCUCCAAGCGCUUGUUAUUGGAGGGAGAAGGGCCGCAGGAUGAGGAUGAGGAUGAUGAAAGUGCUGCAGAACGAGCGGCGAAGUACUCCAGGAGGCAGCUUGGCACAAACGCGGAUCGGUACGCAGAGCCUGAACCAGAGCUGGAUUCCGAUGGUGAACCCAUCAUCGAGCCAGAAGUGGACCUGUCUCGUUUCAUGGAAAAGCAGCGACUUGCAGAUGCCUCAUUGCUCGCACCAGGGUUGGAGGAGAAUGAUCGAGACGAUGACGAUGUCGACACAAGCUUGGCGCACAUAUCGUCGAAGCCACUUUCACUAGGAUCUGGCGCUUCGAGGAAAGGAAAGGUGGAACAGAUUGUUUGGGACGAUGAGCUCGAUAAGAUGAGCCAGGAGAAAGCUGCGGCUGAAGCCGCCCGAGGUACUUUUCGUAUUUCUUUCCAUUCAGCGGGGUGCUCACUAUGGUCAUACCUUCGUAGACCUGAAAAGUCGAUUACGCGCAAAAUCGGAGAAAAUGCGCGGAAAACCAACUAUGAUUCCCAAGGAUCGCUCGGCAGACAACUCACUCCGCCUCCCCUGCUGUGUUUGCCACAUUGGUCUGCGAGAGUGGAUGGGAUGCUUGUUCAGUCCCAAGUUCCACACUCGCGUCUUCUCUACCCAGACUUCCUAAAAAGGCCGUUAUAUUGGACGAGCUUGCCAAAUCCCGUUCGCAGAUGGCUUUUCCCGACAAUGUCCAACGAGUUCAUUGCUGGCACCACUACUUCCAACGGUUUGCGCCCUGCUGUUUGCAAGCUUGCCUUUCAUUGCAUACGAGCAUUCAUUGCGUUCCCUGAUGCUAUCGACGUUCUAGCCUUCACCUUGACGUAG